AAAAGAAAAAUCUUUAACUUAAACCUAAUUUUUCACCUUAGUUUCUUCCCACGGUUUCUCUCUCUCUCCCUCCGGCGCAGCUUACUGCCCAGUCCGGCAGAGCCCUAAUCUCAUCGUCGGAGGCCCAAAGGGACCUCAUCAAUGCCUUCGCCGUUCCCCAAAAUCCCAGAGCCUCUCCGAUCCCUGGCUAAGUGCUCCCUUUUAUUGGCUUUAAUUGUACACAACUGGUAAUCCGCAUUGUCGCCGAUGAAAUGAAUUCCCGAACCACCACCGAAGGACAUCACUACCAGAGGGGUUUACAAAGAUUCCGGGUUUACGUUCAGCUAAAGCCAUGAUCAGCUUAUUUAACGAUGCUAGGAGUGUUAUAAAGCUUGGAAGGAUUUCAAAGGUGUACCACUCGGGCUCACAUGCAUGUACCUCUUGGAACAUUUGAUUCUAAGAUCAACUCAAGUUGCCAACGAAAGAUCACACAAAUCGUUGUAGUUCUAAAUGGAGAGUGAAGCUGGUAAUCAGCCCAAGCAUGAACGUUCAAGGACAAGGUGGACAGCAUCACUUGAUAAGGUAUUUGCAGAUUUGAUUGUGAAGCAAAUUCAACUAGGCAACAGACCCAACAAUGUUUUUGACAAAAAGACAUGGAACCACGUUCGUGAUGAGUUCAAUAAGCAAACCGAUCUCAACUUCAACAAUAAUCAAUUGCGGAAGCACUUGGAUGUCUUGAGGACUCGCUUCUACAAUUUGAAGUCAAAUUAUGAUCAAAGUAACGAAUUCACUUUAGAUGAGUCAUGUUGCAUUGGUUUCGAUCUGUGGGAAGACAUAGGGCCACAACAGCCUAGGCCUGAAAAUAUCAAAGUGAAGGACUGUCCCAUAUACGAACAGCUAUGCACAAUAUUUACAGAUUCAUCAGCUGACGGGAAGUACGCUCAAUCUAGUCACUACGAAGAAUUGGACAAGUCUGCUGGAAUGGAAAAUGGGGUUUUAAGUUCACAUCCAGAAGGGGAGAUCCCUCGUUCUGAAAACCCACCGCCACCAAUGCCACCACCCCAACCGAGACCUGCACAAGUAAAUAUGUCAUCAGAAGCAAAGUUAGUUAAGGUAAUAACUGAUAGGAAAAAGAAACGUCCCUCAUCCGAGACAGAGUAUUCUAACGAUCAAUUGAGAAGAGAUCAAGAAAUGUGCGAUGCUAUGGUGCAGACCAUGUUAGACAUGCUUGCUGCUUCGAAAUCCAGGAGAGUUGCUACAUCACCCACCAGUGAUUACAGAUUCACCAUAACUAAUUGCAUCAAAGCAUUGGACGAGAUCGAAGGUAUUGAUCAACAAACCUAUUUUGCUGCAUUGGACCUCUUUGAGGACCCUAACUUAAGAGAGACUUUCUUAUCUUUGAAAGACAAAAUGAUACAGUUGACUUGGUUGCAAGGGAAGUGUGUUAAAUUAGGUUAGAAUGUAGAUGAUAAGGCCCAUUGCUCAUAGUUUAAGCAUAUUCAUAUGGUACUUACCAGUUUGUCCAUAUCAUGUUUCUUCCUUUUCUGCUUCUAGGUUAUUGCAGUUUGUUUCUGUAAGGUGUUUCUACAGUGCACCCUCGAAAAUAGGUCUAUUGAUGCAUUUUUUUGUGUUUUUGAUA